GGCCUCAUUGCGCCAAUGAAGGAGGCCAUGAAAUGACAUAUCAGAAUGGGAAGAGGAAUUAAAAUGGGUGGCCACUGGGAGAUCCUGCUUCUUCUGGUGGACGGAGCAUAGGUGCUUGACAAAGUGGUCUCCCAAUCUAUGUUGGGUCUGACUAGGGGCCAUGGACAAUUCUGAUUUGAUGGAGAGGGACGUGAAAGCACAGAGGAACAUCUGGAGAAAUUUCUGAAACGCCCAUUCGCUGCUGUCGUUACUGUGUGGUCCGGAAUCUUUCGGAGGGUAGGCCUCAAAAUCCCCGGCUUUGCCUGCAUUUGGCGACCGAGAAGGAGGUUGAAUCAUUUGGACAGAGAUGGCGCUCAGUACUCAGUGUCGGAGAACUGAUCAGAGCUCGAAGUUUUCGGAUGACUCAGAGUCGGAUUGUGGUGGGCAUGGCAGGGAGAGUUUUUCUUCCCUCUCCCGUCUGCGUGAGAUGUGGAACAUUUGAGAAACUUUGAACUUUACUGUGCUCAUGGACUUCUUCAUCAAGUUAUGCUUGCACACCUAUUUACUAUCUUCAGUCAUAUCUUGGAGUUUCAUUAAAGAUGGUUAAUGUCUUGAAAGGAGUUCUUAUUGAAUGUGAUCCGGCCAUGAAACAAUUUUUGCUGUACCUGGAUGAUACAAAUGCUUUGGGGAAAAAAUUCAUAAUACAAGACCUGGAUGAAACUCAUUUAUUUGUCUUGGCUGAGGUAGUCCAUGUCCUACAAGAAAAAGUUGGAGACUUAAUGGAUCAGAAUUCGUUUCCACUAACGCAGAAGUAAAGUCACAUGAUUAAGCAACAGAGACAGAUCUUGAGAAUUGGAUCAAUAUGUCAUUGACCCGCUGGUACAAAGACCCUGGACUGACAGCUAUUUGGAAAUAGAAUAUAUGCAGGAAUUUUGCCUCAGUAAAAUAAUUUUGGUUCAUCUACAUCCAGAAGGUAAUUUCUGUUACUGACAGUAAAUAGAUUUAUAAUGGAUAUUCUGGUGAACUGGCCUUGGACUGAAUGAAGUGUAUUUUGAGGAUUCAUGGAAAGUUAACGGUAUUUGGCUAACUGUAUGCACUUCACAUUACAAUGGAGCCUUACCACAAAUUGAAUCAGCUGCAAGUGAUGUUGGUUUCCUGAAUGAAUUCAGACUCUUCCAAUUUGUCUGUAUUCCAAUGUACACUUUUGAUGAAUGAUUGCAUCUUCCUUUUGCUGAUCCUAUGGAGUACGUCUUUACGGAAUAACUUGCCUUACAAAACCGUUCUCUCUUCUUUUGGAUUACUUUGUAAAGAAAUUCUAUAUAUCCUUGGUGUGACUUUAUGGUGUUAUCAAUAAAUUUCACAUUAUAAAAAGCAUUCUAUACAAAGUCCUGUAACGA